CAACGAUUCAGUCGCGGUCGACCCGCCACGCUGCGAGCUUUGCUGAGUACGCGUGUGCUCCGAGGUGCUCCGAGGUGCCUCUUUCUCUCCUUCGUUCGUCUCUGCUUCUCCUCUCUUUUUCCUUUUUUUUUAUCUCUACUCGACCAUCUCUCCUUAGCUCUUCCUAUAUCGCACGUCUUAUUGCACGUUCUCUCCUUUAUUCUCUCUCUCUCUCUCUCUCUCUCUCUCUCUCUCUCUCUCUCUCUCUCUCUUUCUUUCUCUCUUUCUCCUUCAUCUCUCUUUUCUUCCCUGGGUCGCUUGUCUCAUUGCGCGAUCGAGCCAUCGUUCUUUAACAAAGAUAAUAUACGGUUUUCUUAGAGAAAGGCGACGAGAUUUCUACUCGACUCGCCGGGUGAGGGAAAGCGAAUUUGCGAAUUAGGAUUAUCAGGAGGUUCGAAGCUCCAGGUUCGGAGCUUGCGCCGAUUCGUCGGGGCAGCUUGGACUAACGUAGCGGAUCUUUCCAAUUUUCUCACAUUGCGAAUGCGACUGAUGCGAGCUCGUUCAGAAACACGGCGAGAGCGUAAUGAAUCGCUUUUACGCGCGAGCAAACGAGUGUCGAGUGAAGGAAUGUGUUACGGACUCAUUCAAAGAGGAAUUGUGACCAUGAAGUAAGGACGUUAGAAUGUACGAUCGACGACCGCCUUCACCCUCGCCCUCGUGUCGAGCUUAAACUCGAACGCGGAAACGAGCUCUCUCUCUCUCUCUCUCUCUCUCCCGAACACGUCGAUUUCCGUUUAAGCCUGAUUCAAAACGUUUGAGAUAUCUACAAGGAUGUAACGAGUGUUUCUCGUCGUCGUCGAGGAAUAUCGAGGUUCUCCGCGAGGAAAAGGAGACGAGAAGAUUGAGGAGCGUGAAGCGAUCGAGGAGAGCGUGAGACAGCCUCAAAGAUCGACGUAUCCAGAGAUGUUUCUCGAGGGUUGUGCGGUCCAGGACUGGACGACUCACUCGCGUAAAAGGAAGUAUGUUCUGUCGAUAUGCGACUCGGUGAGCAACGCACCACGAUAAUGGAGUGAUUCAGUAGUCGUGAUAACGCCUACGAUGCACGUGCGCGAAUGCCGACAAGUACGAGGAAGUCCUGUGAGAACGUCAGGUGCUCGGCACUUUUGACAGAAGCAAUUCUAUAGGAAAUUCCGAAGGAUCGCAAGUGAAGACCCGCAAAAUUUAUAUUCCGAAGAGUAUACGUAUAUAUGACGACAUAGUAGCAUUGCCAAAGCAUUGUUGCGAGCUUGUUUGCGUUCCUUUCGAAUAAGUCUCUUCGUACACUUCGUAAAGACCUGAGCGAUCGCGCUGGUUGCAGGAGCUCAAGACGUGAAAAAGCGAUCUUCCCCCUUGCUCGAAUCGAAAAUGAACGCCCGUCAGAUGUGUCAACUAGUCGGGACUUCCGUCACCUAAAGUCAUUUUCCUAAAACUCUUCGACCGAAAGGAGAAAAACUAAAGUAUUAUAGAGGACGGUCAACGCUCAGUGUAGACUAGGAUUCAGCCGCCAACUCGCCUUUGGGCGAGCAUGACCGCGGAAACGACGUUCGAUCCGGCGGAGAUUUCCUCGUUCGACGUGACACCGCUAUUGGACGUCACUUCGACCGAGGAGAAUCCUUAUGGCAAUAAUACCGAGGUGAAUGCGGUGGCGGUCAACUGGUCAGACAUGCCUUCGGCAAUCGUCAAAGUCUGCAUCCUCGGUUCGAUUAUCGCCACGGCGCUGUUCGGUAAUCUGCUGGUGAUGGUGUCCGUGAUACGGCACAGAAAGCUACGAAUCAUCACCAACUACUUUGUGGUCUCGCUAGCACUGGCGGAUAUGCUGGUGGCAAUGUUCGCGAUGACCUUCAACGCUAGCGUGCAGGUGACCGGCAGAUGGCUUUUCGGCUAUUUUAUGUGCGACGUCUGGAAUUCCUUAGAUGUCUACUUUAGCACUAGCUCGAUACUCCAUCUGAUGUGCAUCUCGGUGGAUCGAUAUUAUGCGAUCGUGAAGCCACUCAAGUAUCCCAUCAACAUGACGAAGAGAGUGGUGGCGUUUAUGCUACUGGCCUGUUGGGUGUCGCCGGCCAUCAUUUCCUUCGUGCCGAUCUUCUGCGGCUGGUACACUACGGAAGAGAACAGCGUGCACAGGCACAAGCAUCCAGAACUCUGCGAGUUUAAGGUCAACAGAAUAUACGCUAUACUGUCAUCAAGCAUAUCCUUCUGGAUACCGUGUACCAUCAUGGCGGUCACAUACUUUGCUAUAUUUAAAGAGGCUAACAAGCAAGAGAAGCAGAUGCACAGCAGAAUGGGCAAUGCCAUGUUGCUCAGUCACAGACCAAGUAAGGAUCUUAAUAAUUUAAAUGGAGAACUAAACAGUGCCGGAUCGUCAAAAACAUUAACUUUAAAUGAGAUCAACACCGAGCAUUUACACACCCCCACAAAAGAUAAACAUAUGAUGAAGAUGAAGAGAGAACACAAAGCGGCAAGAACGCUGAGUAUCAUUAUGGGUACCUUCAUCCUUUGCUGGUUGCCAUUUUUCCUUUGGUACGUCAUUACAGCGCUUUGCGGCGAGACUUGUCCGUGUCCCAACGUCGUGAUUGCGAUUCUAUUUUGGAUUGGGUACACGAAUUCAGCAUUAAAUCCAUUGAUCUAUGCGUAUUUUAAUCGCGACUUUCGAGAAGCGUUUAAAAAUACCCUGCAGUGCGCUUUCUGUUCGCUCUGUAGACGAGAACCAUCGGAUCUCGAAGCGCUGGAUUUUCGUCGGCCAUCCCUCAGAUACGACGAUCGCACCAAGAGCAUAUACUCAGAAACAUACAUAAAGCACAUUGAUCGACGAAGAUCAAGUGAGUUUGGCAGCAGUCUUUGAGACAAAACAAUGUUCCCAAGGUUCUAAGCGAUUGCAAGAAAUACAUGUCUCUGUAUAGACAACACUCACAUACGUAUCAUAUAUAAAUGCGCGCGUGCGCCAAUUUAAACAUGAUCAUACAUACGCACAAAAUACACACACACACACACACACACACACACACACACACACACACACACACACGCAUGCAUACACAUAAUCCUGCCGAAACAUUAUCCUCCACCACUUUGCCAAAUAAACGAAAACGAAGAGGAUAGAGAAGAAUUCACCGUUUUUUUUUUUUUUUUUUACGAUGACUAUAAACACGCGCGAAUAUACCGGAUAUAUCUCGCAUAAAGUUCGAGACACGCAUGUAUACAUAGAUUAUGUCGUAUUGCCAAAGUUAGAUUUUUAAGCUUUCAUAGCCAAUGAAAAGUAUGUCGUGCUUCGUGAGGAUCAAUAAAAUCGUGCCUGUGGAGGAACGAAGGAGAUUCCGACUGAACGACAAACUUUGCUGAACACUUUGCGAGAGAAGAGACGUACCGCUUUUGCGAAUAUUUGGUAGGAUAUCUGAACAGAUAUAACUUUGAAAAGCUACGAUAGAGAGCCCACAGUCCUGUAAAUCUCUUAAUGUAUUUUCUUUCAAGUCGAAGAUGUAGCUUUUUUCCCUCUUCGAUGGCUUCUUUUUUAUCUGAAUCUCGCGGUUUUACUGACAGAAUUGCUUUUCCUUUAUAAUGCUAUAUUACGAUGAUUCCUGCAAUAUAUAUUUCCUGCAAUAAAUUUAUUCUAUUUUUGAGAAACAAUCUGACUUGACUAGUUAUGAAAUAUUUAUAUUUAUAUUACAGGACGUUUUAUGAUUAGAUGUGUAUAUCAAGACAAUAAAAAUAAUUCACUUUUAUAAAAAUAUAUGCAUACACGCAUAGUAAAAUUGAAAUGAGAAUACGAUUAAUUCUAUAACAACAAUACUCAUUUAUAAAUAUAAAAUAAGUAAUGAUAUACAUACAUUUAUUUAACUUAAUUCAAUGUAUUAUUUAUUAAUUCUCUAUUUAAAAUGAUACAUAUUCACAAUAAUCCUAUAAGUAUAUAUUAUUGUUUAAGUAUCGUUUUUUGUGGUUAACGUAUCGUUUCGAGCAAAUUGUUAAAUUAAACAAAUAUUACUAUAGUUUUAAAAUUAAUAAAGUAAAAAAAAGUGUGUGUGAGAAUUAUAUGUUAUUAAAAGAGAAAAAGAUAGAUACGGAAUGGUCCAGAUACCGUUUCAAUAAGAAUUAGUUAAUCCGACACUAGUCAUAUGAAUACAUAUAUGAAGAUUUAUUAUGUUGAAUCCAUACGUCUCUCUUUAGAUCGCGAUCAAACGAAUGAGAUUAUUUAAUUAUUUUUGUUUUGGGUAUAUAAUAAGUUGUGGAAUCCCCACGUUGAAUUUUACCUUUGUAAUUCCGGUCAAGUUCCAAUCGGCUGGCAUUAUGCCAUGUACGUCUCUCAUAACUGAGAUACUGAUAAUGUUGUAUUUCAAGAUUAUAAAGGAUAAUGUUCUAUUAGAAUUGAUCUAUACACAAUCCUGCAACUAAGAUUUAAAAACAUAUUUUUAAGUAGCUAAAUAUUAAUUUGUGAAUUAUGUCUUUAAAAAUUUUAGUUGAGCAAUGAUUGCAUCAACAGUUAAGUGCAUAAACUGGUACUUGUGGUAUACAUGGAUACAUAUAUAUUAUAACAUUACAUUGUAUUUUUAUAACUUGUCGAAAAAGUAUAAUCUUUGCUAAUUCAAUUAUUGCGUUACACUUUAGUUAUAAAUAUCAAAAGUUGCUUUUAACCCAAUUAUAGCCAUUGCAAACAUGAAGUUUUUGCCAAUUUAUUUUACUGUUGAUUUUAUUAAUAUCUCAUCGGCAUUGAUAUUACGAAAUUAACAUGUUAUAAAUAAUAUAAUUAAAAACUUUCUCAGGACUGUAAUUGUUAUGGAUGAAAUCUUUAAACUUUUGAUUAUUAUUUUCUGCUAUUACAGAAAAGGCUAUGUAAUUGGUAUAACGACAAGUCACAACAACAGUAUUGUCGAGAAUAUAUUACACGAAAACGAAUUAUAUCGUGACGUAUUGUGAACGCAACUCGGCGAUUUGAGCAUCUAAUUUUUAUGUAGAUAAUAUCAAGAUUAAUUCGUUCCAAAUAAUGUUUGUCAUUGAACCAAACAGUGUUGAAAAAAACGCAACGUUGUGACAUUUAGUUUUUACAAAUAUAUAAGUAGGUAUAUGUACAAUUGUACAUGCUUUCUUUCUCGUUCUUAUCGUGAUAACUGUUACUUCCAAUCGGAGAGAGAGAGAGAGCGGGGGAGGGAGAGAGGGAGUGAGAGAUAGUUAAUCAAGCGAUAAACGAAGAAGAAAACGGUUGAAAGAACUCAACUUCCAGAAUGGCAAAGUAGCGAUUGUGAGCCUUUAUUCGAGUUCAAUGAGCAUAUGCGCAUUUAUUUAUAUCUUUUGUUUCUUAGUCGCGUUAAUUGUUUUGAGCAAAAAUCACAUCAAUAAGUAACAAUAUCUCAAGUCCCCGUGAUAUUCGUAACACCGAUCUAGAAUCUAGUCAUUCAAAUAUAUGUGUAGAAUCGAUAAUAAUACAAUCUUCAGUAAUUGUCGAUUAACGUUGUAUCUGUGUUUCGCGUCGAUCGUCUGGUGACAGUGAAAUAUUAGCAUUAACUUGCCGUUUCACACGUGUAUAACAACACGCACGAAUAAUUACUGCAACAUUGGAUGAUUGGCAAUAGCGACGAAUUAUACAAUGUUUUCGAUCUUUAGUUGCAGUUACAUAUUUACAAUCGAACGUGGCACAAUUAUAUGUAUGUAUAAUGCCACGCUAAUUGUUUUGCCAAUUUUAUCGUCACAGUAAUUGAUUAAAAGAAAAUAUUUAGUAUGUACACUAUGUACAGUAAAGAGAAAAUGCUCAAUAAUGUUGUUACUAAUAAUCUUCGGCUAUCGUAAACUUAAGCAGUUUUAAUUUUGAUCAGAAAUGAUUAAUCGCAAUAAUAACUUUAAUUGGAUUAUUGAAUUUGCUUGUUGAACAUUGAAAACUAUUGAUUGUAAUAAUAAAAUUUCAAAUUUAGUUUUAUACUUAUUGUAUAACUAACCAAAAUGCUUUAGUUUUGUUUGUUACAUUUUGUUAUUUAAAAAAUUCUUUUUGUUACUUAAAUAUCAAAUAUAAUAAUUGUAAAAAAGAAAUAUGGUUACUCAUUUCUGAUAUCGAUAUUUACACAAUCGCCUGUAAGAAACAUACAUAUUUACUAUUUCAGUUAAAUAACGGGCAAUAUAUGUCGCAACACUGACAAAAAAUUUAAUCAACGUAAUUAUCGUAAUAUAGUACAACAAAAAUAUCUGCAAGGCCGGCUACGCAAAUUUUGUUUAUCUUUAUCUUCAUUAAUAGUUUGCUCGUAAAGAGCAAUUAUCAUUGCGGAAAAUGAAUCUUCUCUUGCAAGAAAAGAGAACAGAGUCGAUGCAACAACGUCACUUUUUCGUAUAAAUUGCUUGCUGUAUUAAUGUGAUAGAAUUUGUAUACAGUUUUUAUUUUAAUUUAUUCAAUUUGAAAUUUGUCUCUACGUCAAUUUAUGAUUUCCUUUAAGUUAUUGUAUAUUUUAUAUUAAACAAUUAAUAAUUUAAAGCGUCAUGUUAUACACACAUAUGCAAUUAUUAUCAAAUAAUUUUCAAAUAAUUUACAUACUAAUUUUAUGCUUGUUCUCAUAAAAUAUAGUACUUUCAAAAGGGAAGAGAUAAAUAAUUAAUAAUUAAUAUAGAAAGUUUGUUUAGAUCAUUAUAUGUAUAUGAUACUAUUGUAUAUGUAUGUACAUUAUUGCUUUUCUUCUGUGAUAAAGAUUAGGAAACUUGUCGAAUUUUAUUAUUCAUUAUUGUACAUACUUUGUAAAUAUGUACGUAUAUUAUUUCGUAUUCUUUCGUAAGAAAAAGAAAAAUAAUACUGAAAAGACUAGCUGUGCAAUAAUUAUACUGAAAAUGUAUUGUUCUGUUUUGAUAACUAUUUCUUAGUUCUAAAGGCGUAUUAACAAUCAAAUAUAAUGUAUCGAUCGUAAAACUUGUAAGCUAUAGACAAACGAUAUAAGAAGAAAUUAA